AUGGUUUCAUUGAAUGAUCUGAUGAAUGUGGAUGAGAAAGGGGUCAAUUUUGAAAAUCCGCAUACCGGUGAGAAGAUGAUUUUGAGUCCUGAAACAAGCAUACACAUACAGGAAAAUUUGGGAGCUGAUAUUGUAAUGCAACUGGAUCAUGUCGUACAUGUACUUCAUGAAGGACCUAUGGUUGAGGAAGCAAUGGAACGAUCGAUAAGAUGGUUGAAACGUUGUCGUGAUGCUCAUACGAGGAAAGAUCAAGCCUUGUUUCCUAUUAUACAGGGAGGCUUAGAUUUUUCUCUUCGUGAAAAAUGCGCUACAGCUAUGGUACAGCAAGCGGAAACAGGUAUUGCAAUUGGUGGCUUAAGCGGUGGAGAAGAUAAAAAUUCAUUUUGGAGAAUUGUUGCAUAUUGUUGUGAGAAUUUACCGGAGCAUCUACCACGAUAUGUGAUGGGUAUUGGAUGGCCGAUUGAUUUGGUAAUUUGUUCAUUGCUGGGUGCCGAUAUGUUUGAUUGCGUUUAUCCAACACGGACUGCAAGGUUUGGCACAGCGAUUGUGCGACAUGGAGGUAUGCUGCAUCUUACUCGAAAUGAAUUCGAAAAUGAUUUUCGACCAAUUGAUGAUAGUUGUUUAUGCCAUUCUUGUCGAAGUUAUACACGAGCCUAUAUUCAUUCCAUACUGAAUCAGGAAACUGUUGCAUGUCAUAUUAUCUCAGUGCAUAACCUGCAGCAUCAUAUAGAUCUCAUGGAACGAUUGCGCACUGCAAUUGACACAAAUACAGUGCAAGAAUUUUUGAAAGAAUUUUUAGUGGAACAAUUUCCGGAUGGGAGCAUACCACAGUGGGUUCGUGAUGCAGUUGCUUAUAUGCAUUACGAAAUUUAA